AUGAGUUCGAGGACUGGUGCAGUUUCGGAUAUACAUUACACCACCCCUGGGACUAACAUCAACAAUCAUAGUUCUGGGUUGUUAGACUUCCGGAAUGCAAACCAACCACCACACCAGUAUCCUAUGCAAAAUUUACAAGCUCAACACCCACUGCCACCAGGCAAUUAUGCGCCAAUGUAUGGGGCCCUACCACCUAAUUACUACCAGUCCCAACAACCUCUCCGGCCUAAUCCGGUGUACCAUCCUUCUUAUAGUGGCUAUGCACCCUAUUCAUCUGGUAUUCCAGCAACUUACAUUCAAGAAACCUACAGGGGUACCGAGCCUUCGUCACUUCCUCCGUUGGCACACCACCAGCUUGCCCAGUAUCAGCAGCCCGCCGACUAUACGGAGCAAACCUUACAGGAGAGAUAUGAAAACUUAAGAACAGGAUUUAGUGGGAGCUGCGAGCAGACCUGUGCAUUAGAUCUGACUUCUAGACAUAAUGAGGUAUCACUAGGUACCCCACAGUAUGCACAAAGUUCUAUGCAACAUCCUCAAAACCUUUUCUUUACUGAGGCCGAAGUAGAGCUAUUAAAGGAAUUUAUAAGGAUGGUGAGAUAUAUUGGCAACAGUGUCGAAUAUGUAAGAAAAAUCAAUGAGGCUGUUGGAGCUUCGUUCCCUCCACUGCCACCUGCAGUAGCUGCCCCAGCUGCACUACCACCACAUCUUCCACCACCAUUACGACCACCAUCACCACUGGCCAAUUACACCAUGGCCAUGGACACUCCUUAUUUCCGACCUUCCAUUGUCGACUAUAUUUAUCACCAACAGAUGGUUGGAGUCCCGACUAUGAUUUACCCGUUGCCACUGCAUCAGCCAACCCCAGCUACAGCCACUGUUACGGGACCGACUGCAUCAAGACCAGUAGAUAUCAGCCAGCAGCUACCAUCCAGUUUACCAGUACCUCAGUCUUCAAGAAGAACUAUUCGUGGCUAUGAUUAUCAUGACCGUAGAUAUCAUCCGGCUAGACCACCAGCCGCCGUCCGAAGACAGAUGCAACCCCCUCCACCACCACCACCACCCCCUCCUCCCCCACCUCCCCCACCUCCCCCAGUACCAGAACCAUCACAAGAAGUACAGGCUCCCCAAAGAAAAGACCGCCAUCGGCUUCACCGUCGGCCUUCUUAUAAACCAUAUGACGCCAACGCCAGACUUUUAUAUGACCCCCGAUUACCUUUUAAUAUGGUCGCACCUCGAGACGUCCCCUUACCGCAGAGCUCGCCACCACCUCCUAUUCCACAAAGUGCUCAGCUAUUACAAAAUCCGCCUCAACCAAAUGAACAUAGACCACGGACCAACUACGACGGCUAA